UCACUUCUCGACGUCACACGUUACAAGAGGCCACGUCCCUGUAAGGCUCAAACUGACCACAGACUCAACUUGCAUGUGAUAGAAGGCAGUUCGGCGGUCCAAUUUGAUUCAUGCCCAGUCGAGUGGUACAAGCAUCACACGUCGCACGUUGUCCGGGCCUCCAGACAUCCUCAUACACAGACCCAAUCAAUCAGCGUACCCUUACCUUGCCAUGCAACUGCAGCUAUGAUCAUGACUGCUCUACUCACCUUUGCCUUAUGAUGGCAACCUAACCUACUUCGCCACGACCUCCUCUUGCUCCUUGCGAGCCGACCGACACCUACCACUAUCUUCGCGCCUAAGUUACGGACCUUUCGGACCGCGACUGUCCUCUGCACUUUCGAACCACACUUGACUUCCGUUUGAGAACCCCGCCCUUCGGCGCAGAGUGCAGGAAUGGAGAAACUUGUAAAAGGCGCCACGAAGAUAAAGUUGGCUGCGCCCAAAUCGAAGUACAUCGAGCCAAUCCUGUCUGCCACGAAUGGAGGUGACUCUGGUGUCGCCGAGGUCUUUCGCACCUUGCAAAUUCGCUUGAGAGAUGCAACAUGGACUAUCGUCUUCAAAUCGCUGAUCGUGGUGCACCUUAUGAUCAGAGAGGGACAGCCAGAAGUGACCUUGAGAUAUAUAGCCGAUGCACCAAAAAGAUUGGCCAUUAGUAGCUUCGCAGAAGUUCAAACCCAGGGACUUAACAUUCGACGCUAUUAUGAAUACCUCAUGGAACGGGUUCGAGCCUACCGCGACACCAAGACCGACUAUGUCAAGUCAGGAGUGGGCGAUAUGCGGAGGUUGACUAUCGACAGGGGCUUGCUUAGACAAACAGAGAUUGUGCAGGACCAGAUACAAGCCUUGAUUCGGUGCGAUCUGUUAAGCAAUCACGAUCCGGACAACGAGAUCACAUUGACAGCCUUUCGUCUCUUGACAUUGGACCUGCUUGAACUGUUCAAGGUGAUGAACGAGGGCACAAUAAAUGUUUUGGAACAUUACUUUGAAAUGUCACGUCCAGACGCGGAAAGGGCACUGGAAAUCUACAAGACUUUUGGCAAACAGACUGAGCAAGUAGUCCAAUAUCUCAGUGUUGCUCGGCAGUAUGAGACGUCCACACGCCUCGAGGUACCGAAACUUAAACACGCACCAACUACUCUGACGAAUUCGUUGGAGGAGUACCUGAACGAUCCAGACUUCGAAAUGAACAGACGACAAUACCUUGCGCAACAAGAAGCCAAAAGGACUGGCAAGCCAGUAUCCUCAGCACCAAAGUCAAAUCCGUUUGAUAAGCCAGCAAACAUGACCACGCAGAGUCAACCGCGAUCGCAACCAGUGCAGCAGCAACAACCAAAGGGACCAGCUCCCGACCUGAUCGACUUUUUCGACUCUAUCGAGCGAAAUCAGGAAUCGAUAGCCCAAACGAGCUACAACCCGCAACAGCAAUAUCAGCAGGGGAAUCCGCAAGCUCAGCCGUAUCAACAAACCCACAUUCCCCAGCAAACAGGCUACAAUCCAUUUUUGCAACAACAAAACCAUUUUCAAAAUCAGCAGAUGGCUCAACCUGGACCGCUGCAAACAGAUUUCACAGGGGCAGGCUUUGGUGGAUAUGGACCUCAACCUCCGCAACAAACCCAACCACAGGCCCUACAAUACCAGUCCACCCUUCCUACGAUUCCACAAAACGGUGCGACAGACUUCCAAUCACAAUCCUUUGGUGCUUCACAACCGCCGCCAAUGGCCAUACAACCACAGUCGACAUCCACAAAUCCUUUCCGUCAGUCUAUGAUGCCGACAGGUUCGACACAAAUAUCACCUCCUACCAGUGCAGGUCCUAGCCGGCAGUCGACCAAUCCUUUUGCGAAGCACAACACUGGAGCAGUGGCUAACAACGGGCCUAACUUUGGCACCGGAUUCGAACAGUCAUUUUCGCCUAGCCCCAUCACUGCUGAGCCCCAGUCCUUCGCUACAAACUCGCCUUUUGCACCUUCUCCACCUGCACUCCAGCCUCAGCGAACUGGCACAAAUCCUUUUGCCAAAAAUCGACCAGCGAACACUGCAUCACCGUUGACGACAAAUGUCACAGGCAGCACAAAUCCAUUCCGGCAAAGCGCUUUUGUUAAUCAAGAAACUGGGCAAGGGUGGCAGCACAGUAGUCAAGGGACGUAUUCUGGCUACAACGUCAAUAACGUAGAUACAGUACCAGUCUUUCCAAGGCCGGGACACAACUGAUACUAUAGCAUAAUCAUAUAAUGAAUUACCGAUCCGCUGAAAUGGGAACAAUUGCCCUGAUGGCGUGAAUCGAGGGUGAUGCGAGGCACCGCACUUCA